AUGGCACAAAUCGGUUGGUUUGGCCUCGGCUCCAUGGGUCUCGCUAUGGCUAGCAACCUGCAGCGUCACGUUGCCGCAAAGAAGGCAUUGAACCUUAUCUACUCCAACCGCACAAUGUCGCGAGGUGAAUCACUGCAGGCCUUGGGUGGAAUUCCCGAAGCAAGUUUUGCCAACCUGGUUUCUCGCUGCGGAAUCAUAUUCACUAUGAUCUCCAAUGACUCAGUCCUAAAGAGCUUGCUCUCCUCUGCCGUCGAAUCAGGACACUCCUUGAAGGAUAAGAUCUUCGUAGACUGCUCGACUGUUCAUCCAGCGACGGUGAGCGCCGCUGUUGCCCAGCUGAAAGAGCAGGGUGCCACGUUUGUUUCUGCGCCUGUCUUUGGCGGUAAUCCUAUCGCUGUGACUGGCAAGCUAGUCUUUGCAAUCGGUGGGCCUAAGAGCGCGACUGAGACCGUGACGCCCCUUAUCGAGGACGUUAUGGGACGGCGUGUUAUCCAAUGUGGAGAGGAUGCUACCAAGUCUUCGUUGCUGAAGAUUGCUGGAAACAUCGUGACUGUGACUAUGCUGGAGGGUGUUGGUGAAGCCCAGGUCUUUGCUGAGAAGACUGGACUUGGAACAGGUCCCAUGGAGGAGCUUAUCGGUGAGGCUUUUGGUGCCGUGGCUGGAGGUUACUCGAAGAGGUUGACUUCCGGUGCUUAUGCGCCGCCUACGGACUCGAUCCCCGGAUUUGGCGUGUCUUUGGCUAUUAAGGAUGCCAACCAUGCUAUUUCCAUGGCUAAGGACAGUGGCGUUGAGCUUCCUGGCCUUGACCUUGCUCGUGCCAACAUGGAGACUGCACGGAGCUAUGCGGGCGAAUGCCUGGAUGCCAGUUCCAUGUAUGGUGUUUUGCGACAGAAGUCAGGCCUUGAGUUUUGGAAUGAGAAGAGCCGCAGGGGUAAUUAG